UGACAACAUCUACACAACAACACAAUGGUGAAGAUCGGAAUCAACGGAUUUGUACGAAUUGGUCGUCUUGUACUUCGCGCCGCACUCAAGCACAGCGAGGUCGAGGUUGUCGGAGUUAACGAUCCUUUCAUCCCUCUGGACUACAUGCGAUACAAGUUCAUAUACGGCUCCACUCAUGGUACCUUUCCUGGAACCGUUGAGAUCAAGGAUGGUAAUUUCGUCGUUGAUGGAAGCGUUAUCACCGUGUUCGACAAAUGCAACCCUGCUGAGAUCGACUGGGCCUCAUGUGGCGCUGAGUACGUCGUAGAGUCUACUUGUGUGUUCACCUCACUGGAGGGCGCCAACAAACACAUGAAGGGAGAAGCCAAGAAGGUUAUCAUCUCUGCUCCCUCUGGAGAUGCACCCAUGUUUGUUAUGGGAGUGAACCACAAUGAGUACAAGAGCGAUAUGGACAUCGUAUCUAACGCCUCAUGUACCACUAACUGCCUGGCACCCCUUGCCAAGGUUAUCCAUGACAACUACGUAAUUGUUGACGGUCUAAUGACCACCGUACACUCGUACACCGCCACCCAAAAGACUGUUGAUGGUCCAUCCAUGAAAGACUGGCGUGGUGGCCGUGGUGCCGCCCAAAACAUCAUUCCCUCAUCCACCGGUGCCGCCAAGGCCGUCUGUAAGGUUAUCCCGGACUUGAAUGGAAAGCUUACCGGUAUGUCGAUGCGUGUCCCUACCGCUGACGUGUCUGUUGUCGACCUUACAGUCAACCUUAAGAAUGGGGCAUCGCUUGAUGAUAUCACGAAGACUGUCAAGGCUGCGGCCGAUGGAGAGCUCAAGGGUAUCCUCGGAUACACUGAGGACGCUGUGGUAUCCAUAGAUUUCCGUGGAGAUGAGCGUUCGUCCAUUUUCGAUGCUGAUGCCUGUAUAGCACUUACAGACAAUUUCGUCAAGCUAAUCUCAUGGUAUGAUAACGAGUGGGGAUACUCUCAUCGUGUUGUCGAUCUUCUGGUCCACAUGAAUAAGCAACAGUAAUAGUAGCCAAUAUAUGCUAACAAAUAAAUACUUCACAAUGC